AUGUCGAAACCCAAUGUUAUCCGUUGUCUGGUAGACGACACAGCCUUGACCAGAAACAUCGCAGAGAUUGAAGCCUGGGUGUCGCAAGGUCUCAUUAUUCUGGUGGUGCCUCUCUACACUCUUAAUCGCCUCAAUGUCCUCAAGAAAGAUUCGUCGCAAAUCGGCCAGAACGCGCGCAAAGCGGUCAAAUUCCUGGACCGCAGCACUUCUUCACGAGGCGAUCUACGAUACGAUCCCGUCGUGUUGCAGGGCCCAGAUGACCAAUACGCAACGUGGCCCGAGGUGGAGGCGCACUACCUCAAUAUGAAUGUGAAGACGGCCGGUAUCAACGAGGAACACGUUUCAAUCUCUACUAUGGACAACAAACAAGAGAAGGACGCCGAAGUCACAUUAAAGGGAACUGCUGCGUCCGGCGGCACACUUUCACAAAUGUUGCUUGACAAACUCAACUUUGCCAAGGAUCCGGCUACAAUGUCGCCCACGUCUACACCACCUCUUUCACCCUCUUCUUCUGGACCACAGAGUUCCAAGACCAGCCCUGAAGUCAAGUCGGCCACUAUGAAUCGCCAGGACCAAACACCUGUUCCACCAUCGCUGAAGGACCUGCUCAAUCCCGUGGUGUGGUACAUGCAUGAGAAAAAGUCCCCCCACGAUGGUAACGUUGUCUUCCUGACCAACUCGGCUGAUACAAUGCAUCUCGCGCGCGACUUUGGUAUCCCUACUAAGAACAUCCACCAGCUGAGAAGUGCUCUUGGAUUGGAAGAAACAGAGGCCAAAGCACCGGAGAAUUCCAAGAAGGAGUCGGUGAAGAAACCUCCACGCUCAGAACCCAAGACAUUGUUCAGUUACGACGAGGUUGACAGUGACGAAGAAGAAGUCGUCUUCAAGCCACGAAGCCGAGGUGCGACCAGGGGGCCACGAGGCUCUGGCGCCGGAAACGUGCGUACCAAAGGUGGACGUACGCGAUCUCCUCGGACUUCCUUCAGCACACCCGCUCAACCGGCGCAACCAAGACCACAGAUUCCCGUUGAGGAGAUUGACCCAGAUUCAUUCGAUCGUGGAAGUUUUGGCCGUGGUAGCACUCCACUCGUCAACACCGGCAACCCCACCCACAACCAGUUCAACAGCAGUCGCCAUUCCGGAUAUCGUGGUAAUUAUGGCCAAGGAAGUGGCAGAGGAACAAACUAUUCUCGUGGGUAUGGCCGCGGGUUUGAGCGUGGAUCGACCCGCGGAAGAGGUCGAUUGUUCGUACCAUGA